AUGGGUUGUGAAGUACCAGACUGGAUCAUUGACAAUCUUGUUAAAAAUCUUGAUUAUCAUAAUGAAGAGCUCUGUGAUAGAGUCAUCAGGUCUUAUCAGUUUGACUUUAGCAGGAACAUUAAAAAUGGCCCUAGCUUUGAAGAACAAGUCUGAAAGAAUAAUCUCAAUGAUCUUGGAGUUUUUAAUGAAGUACCUUGUAUUUACUCACCUGAAACAGCUCAUAUCAUGAUCAAUGAGUUCAAGAAAUUCAUGGCAAUCAAUGCUACGCUGAUUGCUAUUAAAGAUGAUAAUGCUUUUUCCGGUGAUCAGACAAAGCUUCAAAAAGAAUUCAUAAAUGGAGUAAAUUAUUACAGAUCUGAACUCGUAGCUCCUCUUCAUAUUGACAGAAUCUGGAAAAUGCUGAUUCUUCAUUCUCAGACUUACUUUGAGUAUUGAAUCGAGCUAUGAGGAGGAUAUAUCGAUAGAAUCGAGCCAGAUAUUCACAAUGAUGCAGAGAUAUCCCAAAAACUAGAUCAAACUUAUAAGAAGUUCUGGGAGUUUCAUGAUGCCAUCGAGACUUAUCCUUACUUUGAAAAAUUUCCAAAUCCCUUCAAUAUGGAUUUCAAGAGUAAUACCGAUUUUUACAAAUACGGAUGAUAUGACAAGGCAGUAACUCUUUCAGGGCCAACAAGUAUAUUCACUCUGACAGAGAACAUUGAUAAGCUUUUUGAUGAAUUAGAUGCCAAUAACAUGACUAAACCUUUAGCUAUAAUUCUUGCUGAUAAAAUAGAUGCAAUGAUUACCUGAGACUAUGAAAUCACUGAAGAAAUGUUCAAGAUAGAUUGAAAAGACGAGAAUACUCAGAUCUUGUUUGAAGAACUUCUCCAACUACACUUCCCAGAAAAAGUCUUGCAAAAUUUUAAAUUUUACUGAUCACUUUCUGAUGAAGUAUCAAUGGCAAUUUAUUUGUACUAUCUGAAGUAUUUGGUGAUAGCAACUUUAAAUGAUUAUAAUGUAAGCCCAAGUUAUUGGGUAGACCAACUUUGGCACGCACAUAUGGGACAUACCAAACAUUAUAGAGACACAUGUUUGUUUAUCAAGGAUUUUGUAGAGACCAGAAUGUCUCAUUUAGGAAUAUCUCCAAGGGAAUUUAUUGCUCAUGAGCCUGGAGAUGAUACAUCUGAGACAAAGCAAAGGCUUGCAGAGAAAGAGAACUUUACUCAACAAUUAUAUGAGAUACACUUCGGAGAUUCCCCAGAAAGUAAUUUCAUUCUUGAAUACCCCUCUUCUCCUCCUGAAACAAUGACUGUGAACAUAAUCGGCUUACUCACAACAAGAUACCUCAGAAAAGACCCUUUAAGCCCCUUAAACGAACUCAACCAAUCCAUCACCCAUGACUCCAGCUACCUCAAGUCCUUCCUUACAAAAUACCUCACCAAAACCCUUCCAGCCCCAGACUCUUACGACUUCGACAACUGUGACCUCAACCACCAAAUUAUAAGGUUCAGAACUAGAAUGGAGAAAUACAGCAGCUUAGCUGGGAUAGGCCAGCAAGGAUGGAGGAAGAGAUAUCCGGAUGAUAGGUUUGAGUGGUCGAGUGAGGAAGGAAGAGGUUUAGGUAAAGAGUUUGGAGUAGAGGAUGAGCAGAUGGUGUUUAGUCCCAAAGGGAUGAUCUUCAUCUCAAACAUUCACUCUCCAAUUACAAAUCUAAUCUUGGUCAGAAGAUUCCCUCUUCCAGAUAUCUCAAUGAGUUCUUCCUGCAAAGGUCUAUCUUAUACUCUUGCUAAUUUAGCAGACGGAAUCCAAUCCAACAUCGAUAUAUGGCCUCUGAAUAUUUCUAGAUAUGGCAAGUCGAUGAGGCUUUAUUCAGCAAAGAGAAGGGCUUUUGGAUAAAAACUAUAACUUUAGAUUCAGUUCUG